AUGAAUACCCUCAAUUCGGAUCCCGGCCAACCCAAACAGCCUCGACCCAGUCCCACGCUUGCGCCUGAGCCCAAGCGGCAGAAGCAGGGCGACAUCCGAUCUCGUCUUCAUGGCCAAGUAGAGGAUAUUGUGGAUACUGAACAAGAUACACUGUCAAAGACUGAAAACCACGGAAGCCGCACGAGCCUUUCACACUCGGCCUCGCCUGGCGUGACCGAAUAUCAGACCGUGGAAGCAUUCAGUGGACGGGAGCGUUCACAUAGGCGUCGCCGCCAGUCUCCUGGACACCAUCUUCACGCUGUAUCACAUGUUGCGAAGAGGCAGAGAACGCCCAGUGAGCCGAUAGAGGACUUCGACGAGCUGGCGCAACCCAAGCCUACGGUUACCCUGAAACGACGUCGUUUAUUGUCCAAGGACGUCGAAGCCGCUCGAUCCAAACGAUCAAAGUUCGGUGACGCUGCAGAUGGCCUUAUUCUCGGCAUACACCCUCAGCGGCACCAGUACCCCGGGUGCUCGAACAAAGGGAAGGAGCGGAGAAACGGAGGUACGGAUGAAGAUGAUGAGCUGGCACAGGAUUCAAACGACCGGGCGCCCUCAGAAGCUAGCGAUAAUCUGCCGAUCGUGAACCCCUCCCGGUGCGGUGCUCCUUCAGGUCUGUCCCAAAAAGGCGAGUUGAGUCAGACCAAGUGGGCAAAGGAGGAUACCAGUUCUUCUACCUUCAGUGUCACUGUGAAAGCAGCUGUGUGCCAGCCAAAUUUCCGCUACUUGUCCGAGGACCAAGGCCCUUGCUAUCUGCGACAGCCGACAACUAGGUCUGAGCUCCGCGCCUUCACAGGUGACGGCGAAUCUAAGUCCUACGACUGGCUCAAGAUUUCGGAAAAGGUCAACACACUGGCCUAUCACCCUAACAGCAACCUGAUUAAGAUUAGCCAGGCCAUGGACCAGUCUUCAUCCAUAGGACCCAUCGGGGGUGCGAUGGUCAUCAAGUUUCUCAAUAAUUCCGAUGCGUCGUCAGUUGUUGAUUGGGUCAGCAAAAACUUGAAGAACGUUGCUUUCCGGGAGGAAAGGGAUAGUAAGCUGCUCCAGGUCUACGACAAUAUGUCUCGGGACAUAAAUUUCGCCCGGGCACCAGUGAGGAGGCCGUCUCAAGGGUCAUCAGCGCUUCCCCAACUAGCCAUGACCAGUCCCCUCACAACAGGAGUUGAGCGGCGUGACUGCCCGUCUUCCAGCACCCGCACCCCUAUUCGAAACCAGAUGCAGAUUUCUCUGCAGACCCCUUCACUCUCUCAGCCCAAGCCUUCCAACAGUCUUACAACCUCGGCGACACGCUCUUUAAGGAGUAACCCGGUUAGAGAGCAGACGCUAGACAGUGCAGCGUCUCGACCUUCGCGCUGGACGGAGAAGAACCCUAAUUGGGAAAAGGAAUGGAAGAUGCCUCUGGUAUUCCACCGCACGACCGUAGACAAGGAAGAUAUACCAAGACUCGACGAAGGUGAAUGCCUGAAUGACAACCUCAUUGGAUUUGGCCUCCGUUAUCUGUUCGACCGAUUUUUAAUGAGGCAUCCCGACUUGAACAAACGCGUGUACCUGCACAACUCAUUCUUCUAUGCCAAACUCAAGGCUGGCAGGAACGCAAUCAACUACGAGGGUGUCAAGAGCUGGACAGCCAAGGUGGACCUCUUGGCUUAUGAUUACAUUGUCGUCCCUGUCAAUGAGCAUUACCACUGGUGGGUAGCUAUAAUAUGCAACCCAGGCAAGCUGGACCCAGAUUUCCGGAAAUCUCACCGCAAGACUGGGAGCCCCGAGGAUGCUGGCAGAGCGGACACGGCUCAGCCGAAUCAAGACCUAUGCGAAGCGUCAUCCGAUGUGGAAAUGACUGAGAUGACCGAGUCCAUGCAAUCCCGAAAUCAUACCAUGACGGACGGACGGCGAGAUCCUGAUUUGAUCAGGUCUGACAUCGUGGAUUUAGAAGAUCUAGCCUCUACUGGAACACCGCAUGGCAGAAAGUCCGGUCCUAUUGCGAGGAGACACAAUCCCGAAGAUCCCAGGAUCAUCACUCUCGACUCCAUGGGCGUAAGCCAUCCCCAGGCGGUCUCGCAUCUCAAAAAGUAUAUCCUUGCAGAGUUCGAGCACAAACGCGGGAAGGUCUUUACCGAGAUACCCCAGCUGCCAGGCAUGAAAGCGGUCAACAUCCCUCAGCAAAACAACUUCUGUGACUGCGGUGUUUAUCUCCUUGGCUACAUUCAAGAAUUUGUCAGAGAUCCUGACCGGUUCAUCCAAGUUCUGCUCCAGAGAGAAGCUCCAGACUGGGAUUUCAAGCCGGCUGUAUUGCGAGAGCUCUGGCGGGAUACAAUAAAAGAGGAACGUGACAGAUACCAGAAGACGCAAGAGUCCGAGCGCAUCAAGCGUGAAGCCUCUGCUGGCAAACGCACGCCUACGGUGAAGGCAAAGCCAGAGACACAUUCUUCUCGGGCGAAUAGCGAGGCCUUCGACAUAUCCAGAGGCAAGCAGGGUCGCAAAACCGCGUGGUCCGAACGAUCGGGCUCAGCAAAGAUUGCAAGUUCCCCAACGGACGCCCAGGAAUUUGGUGAUUCAAGUGAAGCAGGGUCUGAUCAGCACAAAGAUACCAGGGAUCACGUACCAUCUUCCGCGCCGACGCUCGGUCAAGCUUCCCAACAACUAGCCUCUCAGCAAGACGCUCCGGACGAGGUUGUCCUGCUCUCUCCACGUAAGAAUGGGGUCCUCCCAUCAAUCGAGGCUCCGGAGGUGGAGGAGCUCCCUGGGCGGCAAGACGAACCAGCCUUCAUCGCCAAGCUCCCAACGUCACCACCACGCCCGUCAGAUGACGGUCAUAUCGUAGAAGUCCCUCCGUCGACCUUCUACCGCUCUAAUUCCGCGAUAUCCAGGAAAGUGUCAACGAGGCCCUCAUUGACACCGUCCAGCGUACGACAGCAUACCAGGGCGGUUAAGACCCAACCUGCCGCUCACACAGAGAGCCGCUUUGUUCUGGACGACGAUGACAUCCCCGUUGUGCAAAGGGCGGAGCUGGUUCGGCAAUCUGACACGAUUGAUCUCACUGACUAA